AUGCCUCCUCGACUGUUACCGUCCAGCAGUUCAAUCUGCUGCAGAACCACGUCUCCUGCACCCGUGGGCUAUCUGACUGCCUGCUUGGCGGGCCUAACGAUUCAGCAAACUCGCAAUGCAUCCAUCCUCGGCAGUCUCGCCAACAACAAGGGUGCCGUCCACAUCAAGAAGCGAGUAGGUCGAGGGCCUUCGUCUGGCCACGGCAAGACAUCCGGACGAGGUCACAAGGGCCAAAAGCAGCACGGCAAAGUGAACGCCUGGUUUCAGGGUGGCCAAACGCCGUUGGUUGUGAAGCAUGGACGGAUGGGCUUUACGAAUCUGCGGGCGCCCAAAAUGUCCGAGGUAAACCUCGAUCAGAUUCAGGAAUGGAUUAACCAGGGCCGACUCGAUGCUACGAAGCAGAUCACGCCCAAGGAGCUCAUCCAGAGCAAACUGGUGGGCAGCGUCAAGGACGGCGUCAAGAUUCUCUCCCGCGGGUCCGAAUGCCUCAAACAGCCCAUCGAUGUCAUGGUUUCGCGGGCCUCGGCUGGCGCGAUUGCCGCCGUUGAGGCGGCGGGCGGAAAAGUCACGACGAGGUACUACACAAAAUUGGCGAUUCAGCGACUGCUGCGAGGCGAAUCCGUCAACACGGAUAUGCCCCUCCCCGUGGGCAAGGAGCAUGUCGAUACUGUGCUCGCAGAGGCCAGGAACGCGCCGUUCCGGUAUAGACUGCCCGACCCGACCAGCCGUCGCGAUAUCGAGUACUACCGAGACCCAGCACACAGAGGAUAUCUGAGUUACCAGCUGACUGCUGGACAAUCGCCCAGUUUAUACUUCAAGGUGCCUGGGGAGCGUAAGAUCAAGAGCGCAGCCAAGGCGGAGAAGAAGGCAACGGAAGAGACCUUGUGGUAG